GCCGCCACCCGUAAUACCGCCAUCUGAUAGGUUGCUCGCAGCUUCCUGGUUCGGUGAUUGGAGGAGCGGCGUGUGAGUCGGGCGGCGAGGCUGAGCUGGGGACGCGGAGUCGAGGAGAGGUGGUCUAUCGGACCAUGGCGUACCACAGCCUGCUGCAGGAGUACCGCCACAUACCCGUGGUGACCCGAGCCUACACUACUGCCUGCGUGUUGACUACUGCCGCCGUGCAAUUGGAGGUCAUUACUCCUUUUCAGCUAUAUUUCAAUCCUGACUUGAUCGUCAAGAAGUAUCAGGUUUGGAGACUACUAACUAAUUUUCUUUUCUUUGGCCCUCUGGGGUUUAGCUUUCUGUUCAAUAUGAUUUUUUUAUACAGAUAUUGUCGAAUGUUGGAAGAAGGAUCGUUCAGGGGAAGGACAGCUGAUUUUCUGCUCAUGUUUAUUUUUGGUGGUAUUUUAAUGACACUGUUUGGAAUCUUUGCAAGCUUGUUCUUCCUGGGGCAGGCCUUCACCAUCAUGCUGGUUUACAUCUGGAGCCGGAGAAACCCCUUUGUACGAAUGAAUUUUUUUGGGCUGCUGAACUUCCAGGCUCCUUUUUUGCCGUGGGUGUUGAUGGGAUUCUCAUUGCUUCUGGGAAACUCUGUCAUCGUUGACUUGUUGGGGAUUGUGGUCGGCCAUAUAUAUUAUUUUCUGGAAGAUAUAUUCCCAAACCAACCUGGGGGAAUGAAACUGUUGGUGACGCCAGGCUUUCUGAAGGCGAUAUUUGACGUUGCAGAGGAGGAUCCCAAUUACAACAUGCUGCCUGAGGAUCGGCCUGGGGGAUUCAACUGGGGUCGUGAACAAAGGUUUGGGGAUGAGAAUGAACAGAACCCCGAUGCUCACCAAUGAUACUUCGUAUUUUGUAAGACUGGAUGUUGCUGAAAUGGAGUAAAUUUAUUUUACAUUUUAUUUUGCAUAGUGACUGAGAUGCUUUCACAAAGGUAGUAAUUAAAAGUAAUAAUUGUUUUCAAUUCUUAUCAUCAGCAUGAAAGUGAAAAAUAUUUGUUGAGAAUUAUUGAGAGUCUUGAAUAAGUUUAUGUACCAAGCUCUUAUAAUUUCCAAGGGAACCAUUUUCUCAAUUGUGCGGUGUGGAUGCAGCAGGCUUCCAGAUGAAGAUAGUUCUUCUGAAAUCCACAGUAGUAUUGCGUAGUGUAUUCACAACUUUUGACGUGGUGUACAGCAAUGGGUUAGAAGGUGCUUUGGGGGAGUCAAAUCAAACAAUCGGUGGCAUGCAGCCACAAAAACAUGGAAGCAGAAUUACAUUGGUCAUAGGAUUUAAGGAGAGCACAGGCAGAAAGGGUAUGUGUGAAAGAGGAGGUGGUGUGGUGAGGAAAGAGCCUUAGGGAGGAGAUUCCUGGUGCUUAGAUUCUUGGCUGGAGCUCAUGGUGCAAUAAUUGCUCACUAUGACAGACGCCUGAAUUAGAGUGUGGAUAUCGUGGAGUUAGAAAAGGUUAUAAAGAUACGAGUGUGUAAGAUUAUGAAUAGUUUGAAAACCACGAUGAGUAUUUUGUAGUUCAGUAGUAUUUGGUAAAGGUCACAAGCGCAAGUGUAGAGUAAAAAAAUAAGCA